CCCCAACCCCCCCCCUCCCCCUCCCUUCCCCCGGUUCCCCCCCCCCCUCCCCCUUUCCCUCCCCUCACGGGGCCGCCGGAAGGAGCCCGGCAAUGUGGCGGCCCUGAGCCCUCCCCCCUCGGCCCGGCCGCCAUGGAGCCGCGGCGGUGACAGCCCCGGAGCGCAGCCCGCAGCCCCCCGCAGCCAUGGACGAACAAGAGGCCUUGAACUCCAUCAUGAAGGACCUGGUAGCACUCCAGAUGGGCCGACGGCACAGGCUGACUGGAUUUGAUACCAUGAAGAACAAAGACACCGCUCACUCCAACAAACAGAAAAAACACAAUGCCAGCAGUCCACCCCUCUUGGGCAGCCCUGCAAUAACAAACCAGUGUGCCUCUGCAGUGGAAGAAAAAAAAAUUCCGAAUGAUGUAAGAAUAAAGUUUGAAUAUCAUGGAGAAAGGCGAAUUAUCCCAUUUGUCCGUCCUGUGCGCUAUGAAGAUGUGCAACAGAAAGUGAAAACAGCCUUUGGCCAGCCCCUGGACCUCCACUACAUGAACAAUGAGCUAUCGAUUCCUCUGAAAAACCAAGAUGACCUGGAUAAAGCAGUAGAUCUCUUAGACCGAAGCUCUAAUGUGAAAAGCCUUAGAAUAUUACUGCUGUCUCAGGACAGAAACCAUACAAGUUCUUCACCCCAUUCUGGACUGCCCAAACAAGUCAGGAUUAAAACCUCCCAAUCUGUGGGGGAUGUGAACACACCCUAUCAGCAGCCAGAACCCAGAAGUAGGCAUCUGUCUGUCAGUUCCCAGAACACAGGCCGAAGUUCACCGCCCCCUGGGUACGUUCCAGAGAGGCAGCAGCGCAUUGCUCGGCAGGGUUCCUACACCAGCAUCAACAGCGAAGGCGAAUUCAUCCCGGAAACCAAUGAACAGUGUAUGCUGGACCCUUUAAGCAGUGCUGAGAACUCGGUGUCAGGAAGCUGUCAGUCCUUGGACAGGUCAGCAGACAGUCCUUCUUUUCGGAAGUCACGGAUGUCAAGGGCACAAAGCUUUCCUGAUAAUAGACAGGAGUUCUCAGACCGCGAAAAUCAGAUCUAUGACAAAGCCGGGAAAGGUGGAACCUACCCUCGGCGCUACAACGUCUCCAUGCAGCACAAAGACUACAACGAUGGUCGGAGGACGUUUCCCCGGAUACGGCGUCACCAAGGGAAUCUUUUCACUUUGGUGCCUUCAAGUCGUUCCUUAAGCACUAACGGGGAGAACCUGGGCCUGGCAUUGCAGUACCUGGACCCCCGGGGGCGCCUGCGGAGUGCUGACAGUGAAAAUGCCCUGGCUGUGCAGGAGAGGAACAUUCCCACUAAAUCUCCGAGUGCUCCAAUAAACUGGCGACGAGGAAAACUGCUGGGCCAGGGUGCCUUUGGCCGUGUGUAUUUGUGCUACGAUGUGGACACGGGCAGAGAGCUCGCAGCUAAGCAGGUCCAGUUUGACCCAGAGAGUCCUGAAACGAGCAAGGAGGUGAGUGCCCUGGAGUGUGAAAUUCAGCUGCUGAAGAACCUCCAGCACGAGCGUAUUGUUCAGUAUUACGGCUGCCUACGGGAUCGGGCAGAGAAGACCUUGACCAUCUUCAUGGAGUACAUGCCAGGGGGGUCAGUGAAAGACCAGCUGAAGGCGUAUGGUGCUCUCACGGAAAAUGUAACCCGGAAAUACACUCGUCAGAUUCUCGAAGGAGUCUCGUACCUUCACAGCAACAUGAUUGUGCACAGGGACAUAAAGGGAGCCAAUAUUCUCCGUGACUCUGCUGGGAAUGUGAAGCUUGGGGACUUUGGGGCCAGCAAACGGCUGCAGACAAUCUGUAUGUCUGGAACAGGCAUCCGCUCUGUCACUGGCACACCGUACUGGAUGAGCCCAGAGGUGAUCAGCGGAGAGGGCUAUGGAAGAAAAGCAGACGUAUGGAGCCUCGCUUGUACUGUUGUGGAAAUGCUGACGGAGAAACCACCCUGGGCAGAGUACGAAGCCAUGGCAGCCAUCUUCAAGAUUGCCACCCAGCCAACCAACCCCCAGCUCCCUUCCCACAUAUCAGAACAUUGCCGGGACUUUCUAAAGCAAAUCUUUGUGGAAGCCAGGCACAGACCCUCUGCUGAAGAGCUGCUCAGACACCAGUUUGCACAGCUCCAGUACUGAAUUACCUCCCUCGCUCGCAGCUCCUGCUGGGCUUUCGGUGCCCCGCCUGGUCUAGUUGCAACUGCCCGUCGUGGUGCUGCAUCUUCAAAAUGCCAACUCAGCUGUCCUAGUCCUUUGGGGAAUUUAUGCCAGGGAACCUAGGGUCUGCCCUCGUGCCUGAUACCUUUGUUUGCUGGACUAAUGUUUGUUCUACCGACAGCUGUCUGAACAGAGCUGCAUUUUUGCCCUAGUUUCCUUGAUGUGAAGCUGUAGCUGGCUGCAUGUUUUCUGCAGGCCCAAGAAUGGGAAUCUACAAGUGUCUCGCUGGUUGAACCUAGAAGAAAUCUGAACCAAAGUGGGAACUGGAAGAGCUACACUAUUCAGAAACGUGCAAUGGCUACCCAGACCAGCUUUCUGCGAGUGGCUCCUCGUGUUGGGUCACUGCUUUCCAGACUUCUGGGGCUUUAGAGGCAUCUAUAGUACAUGAAUCCAGCAAAAAGCCAUGUGUCAUUGAGCAUGCGCUCACUAUAUUAUAUAUUUUUCUCCUUAAGUAUUCAGCAUCUGAAGGUGUUCAGAAAAUAUUGAUUCAAAAGUAUGUGAAUAGUGUUAUUUUAUAAUGAAACCAUGGAUUCGGGGGUGGGGGUGAGGGAAGUCUUUCUAGCUAAAUGUCAGGAUAAUCAGAAAAGUUUCAGCAGAAUGCAAUCACUCUAGGGUCUAAGGCAAGAGCUCUCCCACUGACGUUAGAAAAAUCCGGAGCUUGAUUUCCAAGGCUUGAUCUGUCCUAGCAUUAAGGCAAUGCUGGUAAGCUUGUGUCCUCGUAGCCAACAAAUCUGUGUCCCUGGUUCAUCUCCCUGAGACUGUUGGGUCGAAACAAAUCCCUUGUGGAAGGGAGAUGUGCAGAACAGCUUUGUGUUGUACCUAUCUUUUUGGCUGGUAACUUUUUACCAUCCCUUAAACCAAAGAUAGUUUACUGUGGUGUCCAGGAAUGUACUUCAGGAAAAGCUUACGAGUUUCUUUGAUGGCCUGGCCCGAUGGAAAAUUAAGAAAAGAGGUUGCUGUUUUUUCAUGGGGAGAAUUUGCUGGACACUAGUUUUACUUGUGCACAGUAAGCUAGAGUCAAGGUGAACCCUUCAGCGAGUGUUUUGUUUUACAGGUGUGCAAGUGUUCAUUUCAGGUUUCCAUAAAAUAUUUUGGUCCUAUUUAAAUGAGUUUUUGUACAAAUUAAGUAAACGGUGAAACAAGGAGAACACUUGUAAUGGUAGUGUAUUUGUGAAACUAGAUGAGAGGGUUGCAGAGAUCCCCAGGCAGGUACCAGCAAGAUCUGUCCAAGUCAUUCUGCAUUUGAAGUGUUCCACCUGAUAGCAGAUUUCCUGAUGGGGCACACACGGUCCUUACUUCACAUAGAAGAGCAGCAGUUUUUAAGUGCUGGGGAUUCUUGGUUAAUUAAUACAUUUUCUGUGUGAAAUGAAACUAAGAAAAGAAAGCACACUGCUAGCUAAAAUAUUGCUUUAUAGAGCAACAUCAGAGGUGUUCUGCUCUUGUAUUGGAAACCUCAUUAACGGUCCACAUGCCUCCUCCUCCCCUCCUUAAAAAAAAAAAAAAAAGAAAUCACUUUCCUAAUGAAGUAAAAUUAACAGGAGUUCAUUUUAAGUGAAAGCUCUUAGCAGGAUAAGGCAAGUUUUAAUGAAACCAAGCUCCUUAAACACCCGACAAAUAAUAUGUGAAAUUAGAAGAGGGAACUAAAAAGAAGAAAAGCCCUGAGAGGCUUUAACAAUCUGACGUGGUUUUUCUGUGCCGAACUCAGAGCAAUGUGUAAUCAGUGAAAGAAAGCUAGUGUUGGUUUCCCUUUUGGCUCUCCUGCACCACUACAAGGAUGCACUGUUUAGGGUGCAGGCACUUAGGGGGAUUUUUAUUUUUUUUUUAAUGAAAGCCCUUGUUCUAUAAUUUAUUUAAUUCUAGUGAGAGCACUUCUAUUGAUCUCUUUAAAAUCUGGAACUUGACUCCAAAUUGUCCAGACACAUGGCCUGACUUUUGGCCUGCACUUCACUGUCGCUUGCACCAGAGGAAGGUGAGGGCGUAACACUACUGUUCUGUUCGGGGGAGCUUUUUACACCACUUUGCUGUGGCGUAAAUGGCUGCGUAUGCUGCAGAGGGAUGUGAAAUCCUUCCCGUAGUCUCGACAGAAGUAGGGUGGUCAGCACUCCUGUGGGGCCCGGUAGCACUCUUCAAGCCUUGCAACUAGCACCUGAACGUACCAAAGAUUGGAAUCUUUUAUUUUUCACACUUGAACCCGCAGGCGUAAAGCAGCGACCUAGACUGCAAGUGAUGCUGUCCGUGUAGGUUUCUCUGUACCCUCGGCUUGUCCUCACCAAAUCGAGACCUCCUUCCGUGGUCUUUCCUUGCCAUCCCACGCAUCGUGUCUUGGGAGAAUAGGGCAUGAGGAAAUGGUGUCACUUUUAAUGUUUCGAAGCAACUAAAUCCUCAGGAUCUGUUGUGGCUUUUACCUCAUACGCGGCAUGGAAGGCUGUGCCAGAGCAGAGCAAAGAGCGUCGUGGGCUGAUGGGCUCAGUCCUUUCCCCGCCAGAGCUUCUGGGCCUUCCCACCACCUAUGCUGAGAUGUGCCUACUCUGUAUACACUUGUAUUCCAGUCUGUAGGAAGGGAAGUCAAAAGCAAUUGUACAGUGACAAGAGAACAUGGGGUGCCAGCUUGGACUUCUUGUAUUCCAGUACCUGACCCAAUGCCACCCGUUCGGCACAGGAACAAGCCAAAGCAUUACUUGUAUGUUUGGAGAUGCACUUUUAUGAAUGUAGUUUAUAUCGCUCUUUUUUAGCUCUUUUUACAUCAUGUAAACGGUGAUGCCUCAUACUUUUUUUUUUUAUUUAUAUCGUAAAAGAUCAUAUUUGGUGAUUUUUAUAUAUAUCGACUCGACUGUUACGGGGUAGGGGGGAGGAUGGGAAAUUAAUUUGACGCCUUUAUGAAUUUAAAAAGGAAAAAAAAGCAGCUGGUUUUGCAGAGAAUUUGCUGAUGGUUUAUAACAAGUAGAGCCAAGCCAAAAUGCGUUCUUUGUUUCCUCACAGCCUUCUUGAUUCUGAAAAGGAAGAUCAGGAUUCCUAAGUCCACGGCUACAGCGAAUAAACGCGGGCGUAGCAUUUAUACUACAGUCUCUUUAUACAGCCCCGACAUCAAAAAAGUUUCAAGUGGACAUAAAUGUAAUUAUACCUCUAAAUUGAAUCAUCACAUCUGGCCUCUUUAUCCUGGCAGAAUUGGAAAAAAAAAAAUGGGGAUAAACUUGGUUAGGGGAGAGCAGAGGAGGGAGUGCCAGGCUAACAGAAAGCUGUUGUGUCCAUUUCAAAUGUCAUUUUGUGUUUUCAGCUCUUCCUUCCUGGGAGGCAGAUACCAUGAAUAUUUAGUAUCGGAAUUCUUGAUGGAAGGUGCUGCAAAAGUGGAGAAAAUUCUGUGUAAAAAAAUACAGGAGUGUUACUAUCCUGAAACAGUUGUGAGUCUGAGCAGGAAAAUGUCUGAUUCCCAUCAGAGAGGAGCUUGGGGGAUUGGGGACUUUGGCUAUCCGUGAGCUUGUUAGGAAGCAAACUAUUGGCAUUUUGGUCUUGGUGUGACGAUUCUGUGCAUUCCAGGUUACCAGCUUCUUCUCCACUACAUCUGGUCUUUGCCUAUUCUAAUUGCUGUAGGUUGCAGCACUUUGGAUUUUUUCACAUUUUUGGAGUUGUAUUCCAAAGAACUUGAAGAUGUUCCAAAGAGGUUCCUUUGCCAUUAAUUACCAAAACAAAUCAACCCAAAGGGAAAUUGGUACCUGCUCAGGUGUCACACGUUAUUUCCAAGUGCCAAGAGAGCCAGGAUAACUUGUGAAACCUCAGUAACUCUAUCCCUGCUGUACAGGCUUUCACUGGUAGGCAAAGGCACAUUUGAAGCUGUGCAGGGACAGCUGAAUGAGAUCCCAGUGACUGGUUAUUAGGUUCAUAGCUGCUGGAUGGAAAGGUUUUGUGUAUUUGAAUAUGUACAGGCCUGUGGCUGUCACCUUGGUACCUGCCCUUGGAGCUGGGAGUAUUCAGUCUGUCCUAAUAUUCAGAGGAAAGAUUGGUGUUGUCUGUGGUUUAAUGGUGUUUGGGCUUCAGCUCUCUAAACCCCAACCUUGUUCAGGAGCAAAUCUCACAAAACAGCUCUGAAUUCCCCAGUUAGAAAAGGCAGAUGCCCAGGAGGCAGUUUCGAAAAGGACAUCGUUGUGUGUUAACACCCGUCUGACACAAACCAUGCAGAGCAGGGAGAAAUUGCUUUAACCUGGAUUGUGCAGAAGACCUUGAACCAGUAGUCUAUAUAUACCGACCGGGGGCUUGCAGUGCAAAGCCAGGCCAAUGUAUCGUUUUAUUUACAAUAAAAUUAUCAUUUAUAUGAAA